GCCAGCGCCCGCACACCUUUUUCUCUUUUCCUUUCUUUCUCUCCCUCUCUCUCUCCUCUCUCUCUCUUUUUCUCUGUGGGUCUGAAACGCGGCACUGGCCCACGCCCACGGAGCCCUGCCAAGAUGCUGGUGCUGCUGGCUUUCAUCAUCAUCUUCCACAUCACCUCUGCGGCGCUGUUGUUCGUGGCCACCAUUGACAAUGCCUGGUGGGUCGGGGAUCAGUUCUACACGGACCUCUGGAAGUUGUGUGUCAACGGCACGAACUGCACGGACGUUCUGCACGAAGACUUUGAAGGCUACACCACGCUGCAGGCUGUCCAGGCCUCCAUGAUCCUGGCCACCAUCCUCUGCUGUAUCGCCUUCCUCAUCUUCCUGCUCCAGCUCUUCCGCCUCAAGCAGGGCGAGCGGUUUGUCCUCACCUCCAUCAUCCAGCUCAUGUCGUGCCUCUGUGUCAUGAUCGCGGCUUCCAUCUACACUGACCAGCGUGAAGAGAUUCACCAGAAUAACUUAAUUUACAUGGGGACCAUGGACGGCGGCUACGGCUACUCCUUCAUCCUGGCGUGGGUGGCCUUCGCCUUCACCUUCAUCAGCGGCCUCAUGUAUCUGAUACUGAGGAAACGCAAGUAGGAGGCCGGCCCGCCGCCACCGCCCGCACCCCGCAUUCAGAUAACCGUUUUGUAUAUAAUCGUUGUGCGUUUGUGUGUGCGCGCGCGUGUGAGUGAGUGUGUGUGCGUGCGUGUGCGUGCUUGUUUCCUGGCAAACAUUGUUCCCUUUGAAAAACCAAAGAAAGAAGAGUCUGUCUUGAGAUCAGAGAGCCGACGGGGAAGCCGGCACUCCACGCGGGCCCAGCCGAAGGUCUCACGAGACAAAACCCCAAA